CUCUUUCUCUGUUCCUUUUUUCUCUCUUUUCAAUCUCUUUCUCCAUAUCUAGAUCUGCUUCCUUCUCUUCUUUUUUGUUAUUUUUUUCUCCAACAAUCGACGAAGAAAAAUUGCAGCCACCCUCUUUCAUUGCGUUUUUUUGUCUCUUCAUCAACUCGUUGGCCUCAAUUUAGGUCUUUCUCCCUUUUUUGGCGUUUGGUGUUCUUGAUUGCGGAGGAAAUGAGACGAAAUAGAAGACGAGUUUUUUUCCUCUCCAUCCUUCUGUUUUUUCUUUUAGGUUGAUGUUCAUGUAU